GAUUGUCGAUAAAUCGAUAGGUAUGAACUUGACUACGACUGACAUUUACGAUUGACAUUGCUGUUUCAAUUUAUUGGUAACACAGUAUUCCUGGGCAACGGUAGGCAAGGAUGAUAUAUAAACAAAAAAUGAGCUUAAAAAUGCCAAUAAUCGUUGUAUUCAAUAUAUAAUUGCUUAAUUUUAUGUGUAACUAAAUCUGUGCGGUGUGGUGAAAUUAUAAGUUACAAGACAAGUAGUCAAAAAUGGCUUCAGUAAGUGUUCGGGAUCAGAAGAUCGAACAGCAACGUCAAAUAAUGGAGCAAAAGAUGAAACAAAAAAGACAGAAUUCUGGUAUGGUUCAGGCCAAUGAUCUAAGGGUUGGUUCAGCAAAGCGACCUAUAUCUGGAAGUCGAUCUCGUGAACUGCAUGGCUAUGAUGGGCCCAUGCAAUUCCUUAUGUCGCCAGUGAAUCCAGACCAAGUCAUACCCCUCCAAACCAAUAGAAUAUCAACCUAUGAUGAGCUCGGCAACCAAAUCGAAGUGCUAACGGUAGGCGAUGGCGACCACAGCGGCGAGGGUGAGGAGGAGGAGGAAUCCGUGCCUGUUUGCAGCUUCGCCCGUGACGUGAGCACGGAUGACGUUUGUGCUGAUGCGGCGGUGGCACCAUUACAGCCUCGCGCUAAACGGGACGAGUCUCCCACCCAGACAGUAGAAAUUGAGGGAUCCGUAGAAGGAGCCGUAGAGACGUUCGUAGUGACACCGGCGAGACACGGAACCCUGUACAAAUGCAGAAUAGCGCGUGACAGAAAAGGCAUGGAUCGCGGGCUUUAUCCAACAUACUUCCUGCAUUUGGAGAAGGAUUAUGGGAAGAAAGUGUUCCUUUUAGCUGCUCGCAAAAGAAAAAAGUCAGCAACAUCCAACUACCUAAUCUCCACGGACCCAACGGAGCUGACACGGACCGCCGACAGUUUUGCCGGCAAACUGCGGUCUAAUCUCCUAGGGACUGCCUUCACGGUGUAUGAUAAUGGCAAAGCAUGGCGGAAACAUGACCGAGCCAACACCAGACAUGAGCUUGCUGCCGUCGUCUAUGAUACCAACGUGCUAGGCUUCAAAGGCCCCCGAAAAAUGACCGUCAUCCUCCCAGGCAUGACGCCCGACCGCCAGCGCGUCACCAUCGCCCCCGAAGACGACAGCGAAACCCUACUAGAGCGUCACAAACUCCAAAACUUAGACGAAAUAGUCGUCCUACACAACAAAACACCGGUCUGGAACGACGAAACACAAUCCUACGUCCUGAAUUUCCACGGAAGAGUGACCCAGGCAAGUGUUAAGAACUUCCAAAUUGUACAUGACUCUGAACCGGAUUAUGUGGUCAUGCAAUUUGGCCGUAUAUCGGAGGACGUUUUCACUAUGGACUUUAGAUAUCCGUUGUGUGCUUUGCAAGCGUUUGGUAUAGCGCUUAGCUCGUUCGACAGUAAGCUGGCUUGCGAGUGAAUUUGGCGAUUUUUAGAAGUUUUACAGCGAAUAGGAUUUGAAUCCAUAGAAUCAGUUCACAAUCAUGCCGUUUUUUUUGCCAUUAGUAAUAUAGUUGUAUUUUACAUUUCAUUGUGAAUUUGUGUUAUAGGUCAUACUUUAUUUACACGAAUUUAGGCUUUAGUGCCUAAAUGAAUAGGUAAAAUAUUAAAGCAGAAUGCCUUAUUUGGCAACACUUAAAAACUGGUUCCACGUUCAAAUAUUCUCGUAACUAAACGUAUUUAGGAGU